UAAAUAUGAAAUGUUAAAUGUUAUUGUAUUCUAUUUAUAUUAAGGACAAAUGUACAUUUCUAUAUUUUUUACUUUCUCAAUUUAUAUAAUAAAUCAAUACACCCCUCAUUUCUCAUCCGUAUUACCAUAGUAACUAUUGUAAACAAAGCAAUAAACUGUAUCUGACAUCAGCUUGUUUCGCUUAAGCAAUAAAAGAAAAGAAUAACAUUAAAAUAUAUCUUUCUCAUUUAUUUAAUUUUUUUUUGAGUUCCAUCAUCCGCUUAUCAACAUGAGCUGUAAUAAUUAUUGCAAUGUGUACGGUUAUGAUUAUCAUACACCUACAGAGUGGCGAUAUAAUAGUGAACAGGAAAUCACAGCAGCCGAGGAACAACAAGAGUUAGCCCAAAGGUUGACAUUGGAAGCCGAUCGGUUAUUUGGCCAGGCUAAGGACUCUGUGAUGAAAAACAAGUUGGACAUUGACCACCGAUCCAAGGUGAAAGUCAGAGACAUAGAGUACAAAUGUAGGGAAAUCGAAAAACAGAAAUACGAUCUGGAUGAAGAAAUUUGUUUACUGUUGGGCUAUCAAGUGCGCAUCAAAAACUCCAACAAACUGCUUGUCGGUGACGCACUUGACGUCAUCGCUGAGUGUCUUAGACUCAGAAACUGUCGUCAGAGUAUAGACUUGGUGUUUGACGACGUCGAGAAAGAACUAUUACGGGAACGCGAACUGAUCUUGGGUAUUAACGAUCAACUUGAAGAUUUGCAAGAUAAGGUCGAGCUGCAGAUAAGGAAAUUGAGAGCGUUCGUUUACAACUUGGCUGUGGAUUUGCGUUGUAAGAAAAAUGCGUUAAAAAUUGAAGAGUACAAUGAAAAUCUCAACGAAAACAUGGUCGAAAUAUCAAUUUUGAACAACAAAAACAUAUUCAAACCUGCCACGAUUUCGACCACGGAAUGGGAUCGAUUCACUUUAGACAUUAUUUCGGCGGCCAAUAAAGUACUAGUGGACGGACGACCAAUUCGUGCAUUUUUUGACAAAUGUCUGAAUAAAAUGAUCAACGAUCUGGUAGGCCAAUCGGACACAGUCAACUUGGCGUUUAGACUUCGAGUGGAAGAAUAUCUUGAAGUGAUUGAAAAAUUGAAUAAACAAAGAGACGAAACGGUCAAAAACGUCGAAGAAGUAGAAAAAACAAUCGAUAAACUGAAAAACACCAUCAGCGACAGGGAGGCGUAUUUAGCGCUGGCGCACACGCGGCUAUCGAACCGGACUCGCAGGGAGGGAGUCGAGCUGUGCCGAGAUGAGCUGGAAUUAAGACUGUACGACGAAGUGUUCCAACUGGAACACGACGUGCAAAGUCUGCAAAAUAUGAUGGCCGAAUCUGUGGUGUGUCGGAGACGUCUCAAACAGUCCAUCGCCCGUAUCGAUGGGCAGCUGAAAGUCAAACAGAAUUCGUUGCACAUCGAUGCCGAGCUGUGCGCCGAGCAACGGAAACGCAUCAACUAUAGAGCCUUUUGAAAUGCUCGACGGAUGCGGAUUAGUUUUUUUUUUUAGUGUAGUUUUAACUUUUUUCUCCCGUAACACCUUUUAUCCAUGGGUAACAUAGGUAUGGUUUACAUAUUUCUUUACAAAAUUCUUAAACUAGUCUUAAUAAUAUUAGCAUCAAUUUAAUUUACAUUAAAUGCAUUAUGCAACCGCCUAUUAUGAUUGCUGCCCCUGAACACGCAAUACACAUCGUCCUCAAGUGCUACAUAUAUACUGUCAUAUUAACACACCAACCUUCAUUAUUAAUAGUACUCGUGACAUGUAUUAAUUGUGUACCCAUAAUGUAUAAAAAUAAUAUAGUAGGUAUAUCACUCAUCAUGUGUGGUUUGAAGGGGCUUAGUUUCCCCUCCACAAAUCCCCUUUAUCGCACCACUGCGUCAACACACACAUACUUUAUAGUUUGUUGUUCAGUCGUAGAAUUAUGAUAGCUUUUUGUAUAGGGUAUUUAUUAAAUACGUACAUCACUGUCACUUGAGCAUUUUUAGGUUGCGAUAUAUCCUUAAUUCGACACUGAUACACUCAAAUAUCAUACUGCUGGUGCGAAUUCAGGAGGGGGGCUAUGGAUGCUCGCCGCUCGAUCGUUUAAGCCACCAAUAAAAUAAAUUUAUAUUAUUAAUUACGUAAACUAAAAUAAAAAGGCCCAACUUUUUUUUUUUAAGCACCCCUGUUAAAAUUUUCCGAAUCCGCGCCUGAUGACGAAAAUUCGAGCACAUUUAAUUUACAUCGUAAUUAAUGGGGCGCUGCUUUUGUCCGAUUUACUACCUAACGAAUUUUGCAGUCGAAUUACUGCGUAGGGGGCUUCUACGCAGCGUUGGAGACUGUAGUACGUCAUUAUAUUGAAUGAUGAAUACUACAACUGUAUUACCUAACUUCGGAUGGGUUAAAAUUAAUCUAUCUUCCUAUUGUUUUUCGUUAUGAUUCAGUUGAAAUAUAUAAUACAAACACAAUAAUAACGAUUCAUUUUAUGAUUUUCCACUUCUUAAUUCUAGAAAUCUUUUUGAUAUAAAAACUAAAAACUGGAAAUGUUUUAAAUGCCGACGUAAAUAAAAUAUCGUUAUAAUUGAUAUUCGUCUGUUUAAAUUAAAAAUAGGUAUAUGUAUAGAAUAAAGAAAGCUAAUCCUAAAAGUAAUUAUUGUAAUUAUAGAUACUUUAAGUAUGUUUGAUUUUAAUUUUUUUAUAUAUAUAUUUAUAAG